GAUGUCAUAAAUAUAACAAGAGUAACAUUCAAUUUUUAGAUAUAAAUAUAAAUAUAAAACUCCCACAAUAGUUUUUAGUAGUAGAAUAUGGUACAAUUUUGUCUAAUUUGGCCUAACCCAUUAGUUGCUGAAGAAAAUAUAAAGGGACAAUUCAAGUUCAUGUUUAAUCUUGGUUCCGUCGUUUUUCAUUUAACCAAAUUAAUGUCCAUUAGGAAUUUAUACAUUAUAUUUAAGAUUUGUCAGAAUCUGGAACUUUCUACAUAGUGAGAGGAGGAGGAGCCUGUCAAGAUAUAGUAACUGCUUUAUUUAUCUUUAAUUUGAGAUACUUAGUAGUUGGGUUUUAAAUAUGAAUAAACUUCUUAAAAGUGUACGUUUAUCAAAUAAUAAGGACGACAUUAUAAAAAAGUCAAUAACCAGACAACUGUCAGACAGCUGCAAGGAAAUACAUUAUGCUGGAGUUGAAGAAAACAAAUCACCUAAUCUUUCAGAGUAUUCGACUACAGAAGCUGCAACUACAUUGUGUACUGCAAUUGAAGCCAUCUUUCUACAUGGAUUAAGAGAUACUUUGAUUCAUAGAUUUAAGAAAGCUCUAGCUGAUGUGGACGAACAACCAGAACCAAGCUUUUGGGCCCCUCUAUUGGUUAUUUCUCAUAGACAAAUCAUUGAACAGAUUACAAAUUUAUCGCAAAUUACCACAGAAGUGGGUCAAUGCCGCGUCUGGAUCCGUCUGGCUUUGAACGAUUGCUUGCUUUCUUCGUACUUAAUGAGUAUUCGACAGGAUUCUUCUUCUUUAAAAUCAUACUACAAAGUUAACGCAUAUGUGAGGGAUGGAGAACUUUUAGAUGUAGCACAGCGAUUAAUAGAAGGCGUGGAAGCAUUCAAAAGUUUCACUUUGCCAUUUAACUCCAGUUUACUAAAUACGUGGCCACUACCUAGCCUAAUCUUAUCAGGUAUUUGGUCUCCGACUUUAAAAUCCUGUCCAGUUGCACCCUGUGAUGAUGUAGCUCAGAGUAUAUCCAUAACAGAAUCAAUGAAAACUCAGUCUAACUUCGAAAACAGUUCUGAUACAGCUUCCAUAUGUUCUGUAAUGUCCUAUAAUUCUCAGAGUUCAGGGUUGCGACAAAUUGUGUCUUUAUCUGAAGAUGAAGUUUUAAAAAUUAUUUUAGCUAAAGAUAAGGACCAGACAAGCAAUUCUCAAUCUUUUGAUGAUUUGAGGUCUGUGUCUGGUUCCGAUCAUGACAGAAACAGUGACUUGAAUAAUAUUAAUUAUACUGUUGGUAAUUCUUUAAGUAAAAGGACUGGUUGGUCAUUUGAUGAAACUCAGUUGCCUGAAAGUACUGAACCUCAAGCGACAAAUGAUGAAUGUCAGGAAAAACUUGUUAAAGAAGAACCAAAAUCUAUGGAGACUAGUUUUAAUGCUCUCAUUGAAAGUUACAACAUGCUUAGCGGUGCCUUCAUUAAGACGCCUGAUUUUCGAGAUGUUUGGCAGAAAUUGGGAGAUAAAAAUGAAGAGCCAAAAGUAAUUACGGUUGAACCAAAAGAGCCUGCUGUUAUAACAUUCAAUCCAGCGACCAGACCAGAAGUAAGUUUUGCUUUACAAGUAGGAAAGAUUGCACAAGAAAAGGGAUUGGAUUUACAGAAUUAUGAAUGUGCCGAUUGUAGAAAAUCUAUAGCAUUAGACACUAAGCCAAAAGUUUGUGCCUUUACUGGUGAUUAUUUUUGUGAUAUUUGUAUGAGUACUGAACUAGUUCAAAUUCCUGCUAGAAUAAUUCACAAUUGGGACUUCAAAGCCUAUCAGAUAUCCAAAAAAGGAAUAAAUUACUUAAACGAGGUUAAGGAUCAUCCCAUUAUUGAUUUUAAAGUACUAAAUCCUUACAUUUACGGAGUAGUUGAAGAAAUGGCGAAUUUGCAAAUUUUAAGGAAUCAGCUUAAUUUCUUGAGGGCCUAUUUAUUUACUUGUAGAGAGCCAGUAAUAGAGGAAUUACAGAAACAGAUGUGGCCUAGAGAAUAUAUGUAUGAACAUAUUCAUCAAUAUUCAAUUUUGGACCUUUCUGACGUGACUAGUGGUUUAUUAGCACAACAAUUGGAGAAGGUAGUUGCGUUUGGAAGAGAGCAUGUCUAUAGUUGCUGGCUGUGUAGUCAAAAAGGAUUUGUCUGUGAAAUUUGCAAUAAGCCCAAGGUAUUAUUUCCAUUUGACGUUGAAUACAUAUUCCGCUGUGAUGUUUGCAAUGCUGUGUAUCACAAAACUUGUUGGAAUUCAACAAAAUCGUGCGGGAAGUGCAAAAGGAAAAAAGAUAGAGAGGAAUUAUCUCUUUUGGGUUAUAUCGCAAAUGAAUAGUGUUUUUCUUUUUCUACUUAUCAAACAGGACCUACUUAUUGCUUGUAAUAGAAAGAUGGACUUUUAUUUUAUUGAUCAUACUAUCAGAUUUAUUUUAUCGGCGACUUAAUCAGAGUAACGUUUAUGAAAAUUCUGAAAUAUAACAUGCAAGGAAAAGUAUACAUAUAAAAUACUAUUUAAUUAAGUUAUUAUACGAGUAUACACCUCUCAUAAUAUGUAACAAUUUCAUCAUUCAAUUUGUUUUGACUUUUUAAAUU